UGACAGCGUCACCUGUGUGUACUUCAGGGUCCUGGAGGAAACGGAACCCAGCGGAUUAACGAGCUGACCGGCCGCGUUACGGUGACGGGUUGUUCUCACCGUGAUGUCACUGGAGGCAACCAGCAACCACCGCACCCUCCGCAACCGCGGUGACUGAUCGUCCCUGUCCUUUCUCUGUCGUGUCGGUCGGCGGCCGGCUAACGUUAGCUAGCUGACGGGAUGAACGGCAGCUCGGCCCGCAGCCGCUCUGGACCCGGUCCGGCCGCAGAGUAGCGUCAGAACACAUCACGGACGGACGGUUUUAAUUUGUCUGUUUUCGCUUGUGGACAUUGGGAGUUCGGAUGUUCUGGACCACAGGAAGCCUCUCUGAACUGUUCGCCCCCCCAGAACCACGGAGACGUGAGGAUCUCGAGCCUCAUUAGAAAAACCGCAGUUUUUAGUCUUAAGCGGGAUAGUCGAGUGUUUCUCUUGGUUCUGAGGACCGGGUCUGUAUGUUCCGGACUACAGCAGACCUUUGUGGAUCUUUCGGCUCCCGGUGAAACCCUCCUAAACCAUGGGCACUCAGGGACCGGGCAGGAAGAGGAUCCCGAAUCAGGAGAAGCUGACGGCUGAGGACGAUGCUCUCAACCAGAUCGCACGGGAGGCAGAGGCGAGGCUGGCAGCGAAGCGAGCAGCGAGAGCCGAGGCCCGAGAGAUCAGGAUGAAGGAGCUGGAGAAGCAACAGAAAGAGCGGGUCAGUCAGAUGGUUGGGUGGUGUCUGGGUGGUGUUGGUCCUCAGCUCUCUCUGCUGUUUCACAGCCACAAGAAGUAUUAUGGUCUGGAUAAUAAGUGGGGUCACAUUGAACAGUGGAUGGAGGACAGUGAGCGGUACUCUCGCCACUCACGGAGACACGCUUCGAUGUCAGAUGACGAGGAGAAGAUGUCUGUGGGCAGCCGGGGAAGCUUCAGGCCUUCAGACUACAGUGGGUUUUUGGGCUCCAGCUCUCGGGCCUCCUCUAGGGCCAGUUCUGCUCGUGCAAGCCCAGUGGUGGAGGAGCGGCCUGACAGAGACUUUGUGGAUAAAGGUUCGAGGACGGCCUCCACUCUCUCCGCCGCCACACUCGCCUCUCUGGGCGGAGCUUCGUCUCGCAGAGGAAGCUGUGACACGUCGUUCUCCGUGGAGACAGAGGCGUCAAUCAGAGACAUGAAGGACUCUCUGGCUGAGGUGGAGGAGAAGUACCGUAAGUCGAUGGUUUCUAACGCUCAGCUGCACAACGAGAAGUCGACUCUGAUGUAUCAGGUGGAAACUCUGAGGGAGGAGCUGAGCGACAUGGAGGAGCUGCUGUGGGAGUCACGGCGACACUGUGACAUCACCAGCAAGGAGUUGGAGCGCGAGCGUCAGGCUCACAGUGUUCUUCAGUUCCAGUUCACAGAGAUGAGAGAGACUCUGAGACAGACGGACGAGCUGCUGACGGAGGUGUCUGAUCUGCGGCUGAAGAGCAGCUCGUACUGUCAGGAGGUCUCUGACCUGCAGGAGGUCCUGCAGUGGAAAGAGAAGAAGAUGGCGGCGUUAGAGAGACAAAAAGAAAUCUCCGACAUUGUUCUGGUCGAGCGUGACGGGCUCAGAGGCGAGGUGGUCCGACUCAGAGAUUUACUGAAGAAACAUGGAGUGGAAAUCUCUCUUGAGGUCUCAACCAAUGGGGAGACAGGACGAGGCGAGGAUGAUGUCAGCACAGAAUCUGUCACCCGAUUGGCUCAGGAGCCAACUCAUGGAGGCAGAGAGAGCAUGCUGGGGAAAGUUGGCGAGCAGCAGCCAGCAGAGGGCAGCAAACCUCCAGCAGACGACAUGAGGCGCGAUCACUGUCUGAUUUAUAAACGUCUCCGGUCACCAAACAGAACUCCUAGCAGCAAAACCAAACCUGAAACUUUGAAACCAGCGAAGAGGUCUGAGAAACAGGUUGGAGAGAGACGAGAUAGAUCCCAGAACCGUCCGGGCAGAACCGAGGGUGCAAGAAAACUACCAAGAAACAAUGGAGGAGAAAAGGAGACGAACAAGAACUUUCAGAUCAGACAGGAAAUAAAUCCUUCGUUUAGAAAUGAAGCCGUUAAAAAACAGCCAGGAGCUGCGAGAAAAGCUGCCAUCGCCCGACCGGCUGCUGGUGAUCCGGACUUUAAAGGCAGAACAGAACCUGAAGCCUCGAACCAGGACAAGCUCCUGACUCACGACUCUUCUGACAGCCACAUAUCUAUAACUCAGCUGUCACUGCAUCCAACUGAAAAUCAGUUUGUAGAUUCAGUUUCAGUUGCCCGCAGAACUUCUGGUGAAAAGGUCUACAGAUCCAGACUUGUUCCACCUCGACCCGCAAAAGACAUGAUCCUGGACAACAAGACGGUGGUGUCGAGUCUCAUGGCCGCAGCCGCGAGCUGCUGCCACGAUGGAGAUUCAGCCAGCAGUGUGAGCCGUCAGCAGAGGGAAGCAGCGUCCGACAUCACGGCAUCUGUGGACCGUCUGAGAGAACGUGAACAUGGUGACACGAUGGCCGAAGUGGAAGAUGAACCAAGUGACGGACAAAGAUUAGAAGACACAAACAUCCUUACAGAUUUAGUAGAAAAGGAGACAGUGAUAAUGGAGAAGAGCUCUCAGACUCACAAGACUGAUUUAAGUUGCUGUGGUAAAUCUGAAGGUCGGAGCUUUGACCUCAAAAUGAAACCAUCAGAGCUUCAUGACACAAUCACUGGAGGAACGUCGGAUCCACCUGAGAAGAUUCAGAACUGGAGGAUCGAUGAAGCUGACCCAGUUGGAGAAGCCGUUCAGGUUCAAGACAAAUCUUAUGAACGCACUGAAUGUUACGACGAGACAGAAACCUCGGUGUCAUCGAGUCCGUCCCCACUUGUCCCGGUGCCGGUACUGAAGGACUGGAGCGCUUUAGAGCAGACGAUUCAAAGCCUUCUGAGAGGGUUUGUUGAAAAUCAACGUUUUGCUGAUGAAAUCUUGAGAGUUUUUCCAGCAGUACCAGAAUCUCUCAGCCAAUGGAUUUCAGAGUUGGAGGAGAAGCUGAAGAUGAUCACAGAAAAUGUGUCAGAUCAGCCUGAUGCAGUCAACCAAGAACCAACCGGUCUGAGCAGAACACCAGAAGAUCCAGAACAGAGUCCUGCUGGACCUCCUGCAGUCAUCACAGACCGUCCAGUGUCAGGGAGGAGUGAAGCGGAGGAGGUAGUGGCUCAAACUAACCUCUCCACCAACUCAGGAGACGUUUAUGUAGAUGUUCAAGAUCCUUCGAACGUGGACCAGGGAGUGACAGGAAGUACCUCAGACUCCAUGUUUUGUAUUUGUGACUUUCAGGUGGAGGUCACUGAAUCCUCUCGGGACAAAUCUGUUGACGUCAAAGAAGUGAGGCAAAGUGAGCCGAUGGUGCCGGGCUGCUCUGAGGAUUUCAUCGUGGUUGAAUCUUACUUCUCCGAGUGUGACCUGGAGGGUUUGGUGGACUCGAGGAAUCCGGAUGAAGAGGAGGACAGACAGAUUGUUCAAGGCUGCCAUGUUUCAGUCGAAGAAAAUGUUGAGGAGCAACAAAAAAUCCAUCGAACGUUAUCAACCAACUCUCACGCGGCUCAAGUCUCCAAGAUCAGACGAUUCAUAGAAACAACAGCGGAUGAAAUCAAGGCGAUGGCUGUUCCAGAGUUAGUGCUGCUGAGUUUACAACGAGGGAGAACUGUCGACAAGUCCACAUGGUGGACGAGCGAGGACCUGGAGGAGCCGUCAGCUGAAGACGUGGACAGCUGUGAGGAGGUGGACGAGGAGGCAACACAACAACAUGGCCGACCUGCGGCGGAGGUCGUCAUCGAAGAUGUCAAAGUCAUUCCGGUGGUGAGCGGCGUCAAAUUCCAGAGACGAUGCACGGGAUUUAGUCCAGACGGCAGGAAAGACAAACACAACUCUGACUGCAAGAUUUCAUGAUUUAACUAGACGAGACGUCUGAAGCUCCGGACCAACACUUACAGCUUGUGUGUAAAGGUGAAGUUAAAGUUUUACGGCCUUUUUCAUGUUGAACGUUCAAACAGAACGAACAUGGACUCACGUCAUAUCAGCAGAAACUGUUUCUCAUAAUCAUUUUAUAAACACAACGUCUUUAAACAAACCUGAAGAAGUUCUGAAUCCUUCGUGAGCCGACGUCUUCUGUCUGACACACAAACGUCUGAGCUGAACCGGGACAGAAAAUCAGUUUAUAUAAAUAAUGUGUCUGUUUUCUCCUGGCAGCCAUGUUGAUUCAUUCACCGUGUGGUUUAUAAUUUCAUAUCACUGUCAGCAUGUGUCCAGUCACUGAGAUGUUCCUCAGGGAAAUCAGCCUUUACAGACAUUAGAAACUUGAAGUGUUGAGUUUUAAAUUUCAACGACAAAAUCUCUUAUAUUGACUCUGU